GUUUUGAGGGCAAAACAUGGCGGACGGGUCUAUGGUCUUCUUGCUGCUAUCUUUUCUGGCUGUCAGUGUAUCUAGUCUGGAAGUAUGUACAAAGUUGGACGACUGCUCCUGUAAAAGGAGUAAUGGAAAAAUAAUCAGCUUAAGGAACAUCGAUGGCAAGUCUGGUCCCAAGUAAGGAGUCUUUAACUUUAAACUGCGAAGUUUGCACUUGUUGAAGCUCGCAUUGUACUUCUCUGGAUGCCAGAGGUCUUUCGCAAAGCAGCGGCGAGAAGCGUACAAGAGCUGAAUCGAUCAAUCCGUUGCCCCCAAAAAGGAAAAAAAAACUCUGGCAACCAGGGUAAAGCUACCUUUGUAUCGACGUUGCAAGCUUCUUGUCGCAGAAGGAGAAUGUGGGUGCGAAACCUUUGGCAAAUAAGAACCACCGAUACAUUUUUUUUCAGUAUCACAUACAAUGACCCCAAUUUAUGUUUCCAUGUUUCUUUACUUUUUAAUUUGAUCUUAUCAUGAUUAUUUUAUACAAUUCUCAUGAGCUCAAGCUUAAGCCUUGUAUAGGAAGAAAUAAUUGUAUGAGCUACCGUACGGAAAUCGCCUGAUGUCUUGUUACACUUUCAGUUCCCCCUUACAUGACGGCCAUGGAAUUUUCUGAGGGGGGGCUUUAAAAGCUAUUUAAGAAAACGAUAGCUGCAUGAACAGCAUUUGAAUAACCUGCAACCUCUUCUUUUGGAGAUGUUUUGGCAUAGAGCCCAACAUUAUUUUCUGUAUUGAUUAAUUAUUGCAACCCAAAUCAUGAUGGUCACAUCUGUUUCUCAGUGUAAGAUUCUCACUAAGUGGCUUUUGAGUAAUUUUAGACCAUUCGAUUAACAGCUUCUUGGGUUAAUAGAAACUGUUUAAGACUCAAUGUUAAACCAUUUUUAAUGUUGGCAAAUAUUGUCAUAACGGUACUCCACUCCAAAGUUUCUUUUAUGUUAUCAUUAAUUCAUCACCUUUUUGUGCUUAUAGUUCCACUCUUUUUUAAGACUUACUUUUCCCACUGGCCUUGCUGCCUUGAGAUAGUGUACCAUUCAGACUAUCCCCAUGUCUUUGUAUAUUGAAACUUUAGGGUGCAGAGGAUCAGCAUGAACUAGCCCAAAAGUCAUUUUGACUGCUAAGCCUCCACCCCCCCCCCCCCCCAAAAAAAAAAAAAUUGAUGAAGCACUACACGCAACCACUACCAGCCCACUUUUGAAGGGUUGGACAAGCAACUUAAAGAUAUGAGAGUUUGGCGCAGUCAUCAGGAGCCAAUUUAAUAAAACUCUUACAAGUGUAACGUUUACAACUGUGCCCAUUGUUCUAGAGUCGUAAGACAGUAGCUACGCUAAUUUUGUAAAUUUAUUACAGGGCUUGAAAUAAUGGGCAGUCAACGGACAAUGUCCGGACUGAUUGGAGAGUUGACUGCAGUCAACUUUUCGUCUUGCCGGGCAUGCACAUUGUAUUGAAAAAAUAAAAAUUAACAAAUUUCCACGCUGUUCAGUGGUUUCAGUUGUUAUCAGUAUGUAGCAAGUCGCUGUGUAUUGUGGAACAUUGAUCUGAAAUCCUGGGUGAAAUGCAACUAGAACCAUUGUUUACAAUUCAUACAUUGAAACAGACAUUGGGAUUCACACACUUCCAGUCACAAAAUUGAAAAUAUUUUCACUUUUGUUAGUUAAUUUUCUCCAUGAAUACAAAUUUUCUUCCCUUGUAAUGAGGAGUAACAUGGAUUACUGGCGGAGUUAUAAGAUCAAGAUCUCACACCUCGAUACAUACUCCAGAAAUCAUAAUAUUUGGAGGCACCGGACAAAUUUAAUGUGUACAAUAAUUUAUUUUUAUUGUUGGCAAUAAGUGCUUUGAAGUACUAUAAGCUUUAAGCAAAGACUUUUUUGGAAAUAUAUAACAUCAGUUUUGAUUCAUUGGCCGCUGUUUUAAGAGUUAUUUAUGUUAUCAAUUUGUCCACCCAGAAAUGAUACGUGACCAAGCUAAAAUGAAUUUGUCUGGACCUCAUGUCCAGAGACUCUCCAGAAAUUAUUUCAAGCCUUGUUAUUACACUUGGAAUAGUUUUAUUAAGUUGACCCCAGAACCAGUCUAUCUUAGCAAAAAGGAUGCAAUGAUAUGUGCUUCUGAUACAAAGCUUUUGGAACCUUUGCGCCAGAUAGACUAAUCCGGGAUUUAACUUUCUCGUGAUUUUUGCACCUGCAAUUUCUUGCGUCCCUGCAUUUAAAAUCUUGAAUUUUUAAGCGCUAGUAACUUAGCAAGUGACAAUUUUCACCCUGAUGAAGGUAGCAGUGCUGGAAUCCUGGGCUUUGGGAUGCAAGAUAGUGCUCAAAGAACUGACGAUUGAAAUCCAGAAUCCAAGAUCCGCUGACAAAGAAUCCACAAUCCAGUACAGUCAAACCCCACGUUUACUGAUACCCACUAAAGAUGGACACCUCAUUAUUAUGGACAGUUUGCUUUGUUCUUGGGGAAAGAAAGCCCGUGUUUUUUCUCUGAAUUGAAACCCCUUAAUACAGACACCUGGUUAAUACAGACACCUUCUUUGUUCCCCUCAGUGUCCGUAUUAAUGAGGGUUUGAUUUUACCGGCCUGGAAUCCAGAAUCUUACGAUGUCUUGGAUCACGUUACAUGGGGCCAAACGGUAGCUGUGCCUUAAAAAAAGAGAAACUUCUGUUUCAAAUGGCAAUACCCUGUUAAUUCGCAAAAUUUUGUAUAAAAUGUGUUAUUUUUUUGCCAGGUAGAACUUACAAAGAGGUGUAAUAUAUCUUAAUUUGCUGUUUCAUGUUGCUGUUGUUGUUUUUUUUUUUCUUCUUUAGAUUUACCGGAAUAAAACAAAAAUCUAAAGCAUUUACCUUCAGCUGGAAUCCAUGUACUAAGUUUUCGAUUCCCAGUCACUGCAAUGAUGUCUUGGUGAGUUUGUGCUACUGCUAUUAUGCUUUAAUGUGAACUGUAUUUUUAUUGUGUGUGCUAAAUUGAAAGAAACCCUCUAAAAUUCAAUUUUUAGAGUUUUCUUACUUCUCAUCAGCCAUCACAAUAAAUUUCACUUCAUCCAAGUACAGUGUGAAGUGAUUUUUUUCUAGGCGCAUUCGUAGGCCUCUUUUAUAUAGUGAAACAUUGCCUCAGGUGGAAGGGUCGACCACCUACCUAAGCUACCCAGGGCAAGCUAACAUUCCAUACAUUUCCUUACAAAAUGUGGUAAUCUAUUUACAAUUUAGACAUAAAUAGUUGCCUCGGCUAGAAGUAAGUCACUGUUCUGUAAUGGUAGGGUUAUCUUCCUUACCGGGCUAACUUUUCUCCACAUAUAAACACUUAAUUUGGCUCACCUAACUGCGGCGUCAAUUCAGUCAAGGCGAGCCGAAGCAUGUGCGAGUGCUGCAUUGGCUUGAGCCAAGGGGUCAACUUUUUUCUUAUGUAAAAUGUAAACACUAGCUAAAGUUACUCAGGUAGAGGGGUCAUCUUUUUCUCAUAUAUAACCGUUCGCUCAAGGUGACUCAAGGUGACUCAAAACAGGCCUUGUUACUUUUAUUCACUUAAUUUUGCACUGUUUUAUUAUGCUUACAACCUGAUAUAUAAAAUUAUGGUAAAUGAACUGAGUGGAGUGCAAUUUGUAUACUGAAAUCAUACAUGUGAUUUCAAAAUCACAAGUAUGAUUUCAAACCAAAAUUGCACAACACGAAGUUCAAUUACCACUUUAUUACAGCCAUUUUGAAAUCGCAGCGUUCAGUCAGUACUAAUAAUAUAUUUGACCAAGUAGCCGGUUUGUUGAAAAGUGGGAGCAAAAUUAAAAAGGAUUUUACAUCUACAGUGUGAUUCGUGAAUAAAUUACACUGCUAAGAGCCAAUCAGAUAAUUGCAGGGAUCACCAGUGAUUUCAAAAUAGGUAUAGUACUUAAUUUCAAUAACCCUUCUCUGCAUAACUCAUUUGAAGCCAAGUAAAAUACAAUUGAACCUCUCCACAAAGGCCACCUUGGGGACAAAAGAAAGUGGCCAUUGUGGAGAGGUGGCCAUUAUAUGGGGAGGUAGUUGUGUUACAUGACAAUUUUUUGAGGGAGCACAACAUGUUUUUUGUGCUAAGUUCAUGCUUCCUGUCUCCCAUAAUCACAGGUAAUCCAAUCACUAUUUAACGUAUAGAGAUAAGAUACACCAAAAUCUUCAAUUAUGACUUGAAUCACAAUGUUAACUGACACAAUGAGCAAGGUUUGCAACAUUCGCUAUUGUAUACAAUUUUUGCUCACUGCAGCAGUAAAAAUGAAGUAAAAUCAAAGUACCAUUGCCGCAAUUGGUCAUAAACAUGCCAAUUCGUGACCUUUCUUGACUAUUUCAUCAGUCACUGAAAAAAUCUGGCCGUUGUCGAGAGGUUGUUUUGGCAGUUGGGGACAUGCGUUAGUGCCGUUGCCGUUUUAGAAAGGUGGCUGUUGUCAGUGGAAGGGUUUAAAUAAGGUAAAUGUGUGGACUGUCCUCCCUGACAAAAUAAAGUGGUCGUUGUUGAGAGGUGACCAUUAUGGAGAGGUGGCCAUUGUGAAGAGGUGACCAUUGUAGAGAGAUGACCAUUGUAGAGAGGUGGCCAUUGUAGAGAGGUGACCGUUGUGGAGAGGUGGCCGUUGUGGAAAGGUGGCCCUUGUGGAGAGGUGGCCGUUGUGGAGAGGUGACCGUUGUGGAGAGGUGGCUGUUGUGGAGAGGUGGCCGUUGUGGAGAGGUGACCAUUGUGGAGAGGUGGACGUUGUGGAGAGGUGGCCGUUGUAGAGAGGUGACCAUUGUGGAGAGGGGACCAUUGUGGAGAGGGGACCAUUGUGGAGAGCUGGCCGUUGUAGAGAGGUGACCGUUGUGGAGAGGUGGCUGUUGUAGAGGGGUGGCCGUUGUGGAGAGGUGGCUGUUGUGGAGGGGUGGCCGUUGUGGAGGGGUGGCCGUUGUGGAGAGGUGGCCGUUGUGGAGAGGUGGCCGUUGUAGAGAGGUGACCGUUGUGGAGAGGGGGCCAUUGUGGAGAGGGGGCCGUUGUGGAGAGGUGGCCGUUGUAGAGAGGUGACCGUUGUGGAGAGGUGGCCAUUGUGGAGAGGUGACUGUUGUGGAGAGGUGGCCGUUGUAGAGAGGUGGCCGUUGUGGAGAGGUGACUGUUGUAGAGAGGUGGCCGUUGUGGAGAGGGGAGCAUUGUGGAGAGGGGACCAUUGUGGAGAGGUGGCUCCUGUAAAGAGGUGGUCGUUGUGGAGAGGUGACCAUUGUAGAGAGGUGGCUGUUGUGGAGAGGUGGCCGUUGUAGAGAGGUGACUGUUGUGGAGAGGUGGCCGUUGUAGAGAGGUGGCUGUUGUGGAGAGGUGGCCGUUGUGGAGAGGUGACUGUUGUAGAGAGGUGGCCGUUGUGGAGAGGUGGCCGUUGUGGAGAGGUGGCCGUUGUGGAGAGGUGGCCGUUGUGGAGAGGUGGCCGUUGUAGAGAGGUGGCCGUUGUAGAGAGGUGGCCGUUGUAGAGAGGUGGCCGUUGUAGAGAGGUGGCCGUUGUAAAGAGGUGGCCGUUGUAAAGAGGUGGCCGUUGUAGAGAGGUGGCCGUUGUAGAGAGGUGGCCGUUGUGGAGAGGUGGCCGUUGUGGAGAGGUGGCCGUUGUAAAGAGGUGGCCGUUGUAAAGAGGUGGCCGUUGUAGAGAGGUGGCCGUUGUGGAGAGGUGGCCGUUGUAGAGAGGUGGCCGUUGUAGAGAGGUGGCCGUUGUAAAGAGGUGGCCGUUGUAGAGAGGUGGCCGUUGUAGAGAGGUGGCCGUUGUAGAGAGGUGGCCGUUGUAGAGAGGUGGCCGUUGUGGAGAGGUGGCCGUUGUGGAGAGGGGGCCAUUGUGGAGAGGUGGCCGUUGUGGAGAGGUGGCCGUUGUAAAGAGAUGGCCGUUGUAAAGAGGUGGCCGUUGUAGAGAGGUGGCCGUUGUAGAGAGGUGACUGUUGUGGAGAGGUGGCUGUUGUAAAGAGGUGGCCGUUGUGGAGAGGUGGCCGUUGUAGAGAGGUGACUGUUGUGGAGAGGUGACCGUUGUAGAGAGGUGACUGUUGUGGAGAGGUGGCCGUUGUAGAGAGGUGACUGUUGUGGAGAGGUGGCCGUUGUAGAGAGGUGACUGUUGUGGAGAGGUGGCCGUUGUAGAGAGGUGACUGUUGUAGAGAGGUGGCCGUUGUGGAGAGGGGACCAUUGUGGAGAGGUGGCUGUUGUAAAGAGGUGGCCGUUGUGGAGAGGUGACCAUUGUAGAGAGGUGGCUGUUGUGGAGAGGUGGCCGUUGUGAAGAGGUGACCGUUGUGGAGAGGUGACCGUUAUUAAAGGUUCCACUGUAGUUUGAAAUUGACGUGAAAAAAGAAAGGUCUAUUUCAGCACGUAGACAACUGACAAUGAAUUGUCCGCAUUAGCGAGGUGAAAUUUUCCGUUUUGAUUGAAAUUAAACAAUUGCAAGUGCCGGUGUCCGCAUUAACGGGUGUCCUUAUUAAGCCGGUUGAAUUUAGAGAAAAUGGAAGGGUUUUCUUUCCCCAGGGACAAAGCAGGUCAGCAUAAUUAAAGCGUUUGUCUAUAAAGCGGGGUUUGACUGUAGAGUUUUGAUUGACUGCUGUAACACUUAAGUUUAUCAUCGAGUCCUGAUAUUAUGAGAAAGCAAAAUUUGAGUCGAGGCUCCUUUAACAGUACACAAUACGACCAUAUCAGACAACUGAAGUUGGAAAUUUCUGCUUAUAUAUUUUGGUUUUUUUAUCCUUGUAUAGCUAUGUCAACGUGGGAGUGGCGACCUGGAUUAUCCUGUGGCAAAAACAGCAGAUUCCUUCACAAUAAUAGAGGGUAAUAUUGUUCUGGUUUAUGAAGAAGUCACUGGUUUCGACAACAAACAAAGGUAAAACACAGAAAACUUGUACACACGAAGAAGUGCAAAAUAACAUGGUGGUGAAAUGUCGUUGUAAAUAAAGGAUAUCAUAGUAAUCUUCAUGCUUCAUGUUCCUUACAUUAAAAGUCAGUUAUUGAUCUUGGCAGAGUUUUGCCGUGGGAGCUUAAGGAACGACGAUGGCGAAGUCAACAACUUCGAUGCAGUCGUUUAGAAUUCAACUCUACAAAAAAAAUUGUUAACAUUUGACGAAUUGAACGAGGUACAACAAGCGCGAUACAGUUUGAAGCAGCGCGACUUCACUUUUUAAGUGAUUUUUUCGUAGCCGUCGCCUUCGUUGUUGCUUAAGCUCCCUUUUAAGAUGCAACGACGGCGACGACAACGAGAACGUCAAGGAAGCAAUAGGUUGAAUAGGCAAAACAAAAACUUUGCACGUACGUCACGCUUUUUUGUACAUUUCUUUGCCGUCACUGCACGACUAACAAGCGACGGGUAAAUUUUCUCAAAUUCGGCUCAAAAAGAGUUCGCUUGCAUUUGAUAAAGUAAAUGAGUUGGAGUAAUCGCGAUAGAGAUUGGCCGUAUUCACACUUGAGACGGAUUAUCCACUGGAUAAUUCGCGUCAGACAGAUAAUACGUCUUACUUUGAAAAUGGAACGGUCUUAAUUUUGGAGGGAUAAUCUGCCUGAUUUUACCCACAUGUGUUUCCCUCAAUUUUGACGGAUUUUGAUUUUAAGUGACGUUUUCGUCCCCCGCGUCGCCGGCGAAGGAUCUUAAGCUCUCUAUUGUUUUAAAGCUCUCUAACAGGGUAUAUAAAUGGCACGCGCCAAAGAGAUUCAGGAGUUUACAAAUAUUUCUAAUUAACAUUGAGUGCUCAUUAGGGUUACAUGUGUUACUUUUCUUGUUACAAAGGAAAGGAGUGAUUACCUUGAAAUGCGAUGAGAGCAAAUAUCCUGGUAAUUUUUCAGAGUUUAUUGAGACUGGCUCUUCGUCCUCCUUCCAGUAUGUAAGUACAUUAUGGCAAACUUAGUUUGACCUUAGGACAACAGACCGAUUUAGAAAUACUAAAGUUGAUUUUUGGUUCCAAUGUGUGGCCAUCAAAAUCAUGUACUGUAGUAUUUAUCCCUGAACCUCAAGGUGGUUUUUACCCCAAGCCUCGGAGCCAAGUUUGAGUUUUGAUUUAUCGCGAUAAACUGAUUGGUCUAUUACACGGUGACAUCAUUUGUCGACUUACUAGUGGGUGCGAACGUCAACGGGCUGGGAAGUUGGGGGAGGGGGCAGAUUUUUACAAGAAAACCGUUUACCAGGUAUACAUGUACUUUUUUCCGAUCCAUGCCUAUAAGUAACGCGUGAAAUGCGAAUCCUAAACAUCCUAUAAAUAUUGUGAAAGGUUUGAACCCAGGAGUCAUUUCAAAAGUAGGUUUAGUUUGAUCGUCCGGGUGAACGUAGUCCUGAAUAGGACUGUUGUUGUUGACAGUGACUGACGUUUCGACAACCUGUGCGGUAGUCAUCUUCAAAGUCAAAGUGAAUUGUAUCACGUCAGUUGAGAGUAUUAUACUCUGGUUAUUUAUCUUACCAAUAAAAAAUAAAAUUAACUGCGAUAAAAGAUAUUGGGAACUUCACGCAUCGACGACGGAAGGUUUUACUGACGGCAUUCCCGACCGAAAGGGACUGGAACGAUAUCCUCAGUCUCUCGACUGUCCAGUUACGUUACUCAUCUAGAUGAAUUCUAGGACGGCGCUCCUGAUUUUGGCGCGAAAUGCAGAAAACGUUUUCUCGGCGACGCGGGCGAAAGCAAUUUAGACUUUUACUAUUUAUCUGUGCAACUUUUAGUUCUAAAACCGGGAUUCCUGACUAGUGAGUGCUUUAUACGGUAUGCAUUCUUUUCUUAAAGAAAAGUCGGAGCUAUGUUGCUUUUUGCUCACAGUGAAAAUUUGAUCAAUGACGAAGAAUUUUUUGCGGUUGUAUGAUUUGAACAAGUCAAGCCAGAAUUCUCGUCCAUGUAGCCUCAUAUUAAAGAACCAUCUAAUAUGCAACAGCUCACAAAUUUUUGGUAACACUUUCUUUCUUGAAUCAACGGAAACUAGUGGAAACAAAACUACGUCCGUUUCCUGAGUGUAAAAUAGUUUAACUUUCAAGAUGCGCGUUUCGAUUUGUCAAAAACACCGGUCAACUUGAAGUUGAAAGUCCGCGUUAAACAUAUCAGGUUGGAAACUGUGAUGAAUGACCUGAAGUUAUGUCUAUGGAGCGGUAAAUGAAGCGAAGGAAAUUUAUUUUCUAAGCAAUACAACCCACGUCUACUCACGGCGACAAGUCGACUUCAAAACAGGCCAACAAAAGUCGUGGACUGGAGCACGACGGCUUUUAUACGUAAAUGCCUUCACGAUUGCGCAUGCUCGUGACGUAAUUUCAAAGCGAACGCCGUCGCGAGUCUUAGCUUCCCGUCGUUACUGCGUAAAGUCCCUAUUAGCUACAACAUUAUUACAACGCUAUUAACUAAAUAUUAAUUGCUAUCGUUAACUGUUUCACAGGCGGCGACGUUUACUUCCAAAUGUGCGUGUGAUGAUGGCUGCCCUAAUGUACCCGCUGGUGGUAAAGGAUCGCAACGACUGAGCACGGGUAGCAUCUUACUUAUAGUGUACGUCAGAAACAUAUUGGCCGUAUUCACACUAGAGACGGAUUAUCCGUGUGAAACGGGUAAUCCGUUGGGUGAUUCGCGUCAGACAGAUAAUCCAUCUUAGUUUGAAAAUGGAACGGUCUUUAAUAAUUUUAGAUGGACAAUCCGCAUGACUUUAUCCAUCUGUUUUUCCGUCAAUUUUGACGGAUUUCGAGAGGGGAUCAUCACAAAACCAGAACGUUUCUUGACUUUUCACAAACACAAAAUGCCUCUAUUAAUUCCUUGGGCUUUUUCACAGGCCAAAAAAGCAGAUUUACCUACCCUUUCUUACACUUUAACCGGUGAAAUCCCUACCCUUUCAUAUACUAUGCAGACACCUGGAAAAAGGUCCCGUUUCGGGCGGAGCCUCCCUGUAUGGGCCAUUAUAGGGAGUACCCCCCGAGACGACAACAAAGAGCGGAUAGCGUGUACUGAGGGAGGGUCUUGUUCGGGAACACCGGAUGAGAUCCAGCCCUCUUCCGUUUGUUAUAACGCGUUAAAAAUGACCUUUUUUAAUCUUAACCAGGCUUGGUGUUAUCCAAGCAGGCUUACUUUUUGUUAAUAUAUUCAAGACAGUAUGAGACUUCAUCGUUGGUCAGCGACUCUGUCACGCUCUGUAUCCAGCUAACAUGUUGAAAAACGGUUCAUAUUAAUUUUCUUUUUUUUUCUUUCUUUUCUUUAAAACGCUGCGUUACGCAAUAUUAGCAGAUGUAUUAACUUUUAACAUGCGCUCACAUAUUGAGUUUGGGACUUUUGUGGAGGAGCCUUAAAAUUUUGAGACCUUUUAGCAGUGAUCUCCAAAUGUAAGAAGUGCAUACAAUUGAGUCAUCACUGAUGGGUUGAAAGAUGCUGCGUGAGCAAUCAGUGGCACGCUGCCAUACGCCAAACAAAUUGCCUCUAGCGACGUUUUGUAAGAGAGAGAACUGAUACAAAUUUUGACUUGUAUAAGGCCCAGAGAAAAAAAUGUACAUCACUUCGACGAAAAGCGAUAAAGAGGCAGAUCGGGACGAUCCCGCAACCCGGCAGAUUUUUGGAGAACGUAUCGACCAUUUUUUCACUCUAGGAGCGCUCACCAAGCGAACGACAUUAUCCUUAAAGAAGACGGUACCUUUAUCAACGACAAGAAAGUUCUUGCAGAGCUCUUUAAUGGCUAUUUCGUUAACAUUUUGGGAGAUGCUGGUGAAACAGCUAUAAAAAUGGAUUAUGCUGCUGAUUUUAUGGAACAUCCUAGUAUUGGAGCAAUAAAGCACUACAGGAUUGAGAAAGAAACUUUUAGAUUUGAGCCGGUAAACUCCCCUAAGGUGAAACAGCUACUAUUUCCAAAGCUACUACUUCCAAAGUUACCUCAGCGGAAGGUAUCAAAAGGUAUGUGUUGAAGGUAAACUAUCUGAACCGCUCGGUAUUCACUCCGGUAUACCGCAGGGAAGUAUUCUUGGUCCUGCUCUUUUUCUGCUCUUCAUAAAUGAUCUGCCUCUAGUACUGAAGAAUAAUAUUGGCAUUUAUGCUGAUGACUCGAUCCUCAAUGCAUCUGCAACUACCUUAGCUGAAGUCGAGGAGAAAAUUAGACCUGACAUUGACGCAGUAUCGAUGUGGGCAAAGGAAAAUAAAAUGAAAAUGCAUCCAGCAAAGACAAAGUACAGUAUAAUUUCGACAAGACAAAAAAUUGCAAAUUCAGCAAAACAAUCUCUUGACCUUUCAGUUGACGGCAUGCAUCUCACUAAGGUUGAGUCAGAACGUGUCUUAGGAGUAUAUAUUGAUAGUCAUCUCACCUGGAACGAACACACUGACACACUGCGCCGAAAACUACUUCAAAGAAUUGCAAUUUUAGCAAGAGCUCGGAAAUAUAUACCAACCAAAUAUCGAUUGCUUCUCUACAAUGCAAGUAUCAAACCGCUCUUUACUUAUCGCUGUACUGUUUGGAGCAACUGUAGCCAAACCAACUUAGAGGAACUGUUUAAACUUCAAAAACGCUGCGCUCGAUUAUUUUUGGAUAGUCCUCGGGAUGCACGAUCGUAUGAUAAUUUUUAAAAGCUUAAGUGGCUACCAGUUGAUCAACUAUUCAAGCUCAAUAAAGUCAGCCUUUGAGAGAAAGUUAUUGAUGGUAGGGCACCGAAAUACUUAAUUACAACCUUGGACUCACUUCCGUUUAAACACAAGUACUCUAACAGAACAAAAAAGGUUAUACCGCUUACCGAAACCCAGAACUGAAUCAAUGAGGAGAACAUUCUUUUAUUCCUUAACUAAACUAAAUGCUCUUAGCUUAGAACCAACCACCUCCUUUAGCUUAAUGAAGACAACUCUGACUAAUAACGUCGCCUCAAACUAUACGGUGGACAAUUUUAAAGUUAAAAAGUUAUUCUGAGUUUUAAAAAUCUUUGCUUUUUUUAAUAUCGUUGUAGACUGGAUUCCCUUUUUUACCAAUGUAUUCACUUCCGUUUUUAACAUCUCUCAAUUUUUUAAAGCUUUAGAAUUUUUAAGAACCUUUUAUUAUAAUCACUAUUUGUAAAUAUGCUUUUCAUCAUGAAACUCCGGAUUACAUCCAACGCUCCGCUAUUUGUGAUAAAGCGUUAAAACAUAGCCUUCUUUAAUCUUAAUCUCUUCCUGUGUUUUUUGGUGUGAACUCAUCGAUUUAGUCGGGGCUUUUUGGCUGUUAUUGUGUGACCCCUGUCACUCUCCUCAAAACACAGCAAUACAUCAAAGGUAACUCUCCUUAAUCUAUUUUAUAGAAAAAAAGGAAAGAUUAAAUGAUACUUAGCAUUCCCAGACCUCAGUUUUUUUAUUUCUCAUACAAAGUCUCAAUGGUCGCUCGUGACGGGACAGCGACUCUCUUGUGAGAAAAUUCCCAUAACACACUCAUAAAGUGAGCUUGGGACGCCUACAGUGUUUUACUCGUAUGGACAGCUGCAAUUGUGAUCUUAGCUUAUCGUUUAGCAAAGAAAAGGGGUCGACCUGUACCUAUCCAAAGCGGCUCUCUGAUUGGUUGGCUCGCGAGAACAACAGGAUUUUUUUAUGGAGAAGUUGUUAUGCACGCAUUAGUUACUAUUUCCCAUCAGGAUCCGUGACUUUCUUCAUAGUUUCCUACAGCCAAACAACUUUUUGCUCCCCCUUCCUCAGUUUAUAUUUUGUGUAUGUGCGCAUCUUCGAAGUCAUCAGAUUUGGUGUUGUGUGCCUUGAUGUAAGAUGUAAAUUGAUGUCAAAGAAUCUUCCUUCAAUAACAGCUAUUAAUGUCAGUGCUGUCAGUAACAGGAGACACGGGCUGUUCCGGUUGUACCGAGUGUACCCGGCUGUACAGAGUGUAAAUUGUCUGUAUAUUGUGAAGCAUUAUAUUUCAAGAGUAGUAUAUCGAGAAAGCAAUAAGAUAAGUUCGUCACAGUGAUCAAGACGUUUACAGGUAACACGUUUUAUCAGAGUCUUAACAAUUUUAAAGGCGCGCUGAUAUAUCAGAGGCGGAUCCAGGAUUUUUGUAUCGUUUUGAAGCGUUUUGGGCUAGUUUUGCUAGUCUGUCUUAACCUUCAUAAUAAGAUCUAGCGGCUAAAGUCAAAAACCUCGGCGGCGAGGCCCGGACUGUCUCGCGAUCGAUGUUAGACAGACAGGCUAGCAAAACCAGCCCAAAACGCUUUAAAACAACACAGGAACACAAAACAAGGCAAAAGUAAGUUCAUUUUCUUUGCUACACGAUAAGCUAAGAUAACGCGAUAUAAAAAGCUAUAAAAAGCUACGUUACGCAAUAUUAACAGAUGUAUUAAUUUUAACAUGCACGCACAUGUUGAGUUUGGGUCGCCUGUGGAGGAGCCCUAAAACUUUGAGACGUUUCAGUGGUGAUUUCCAAACGUAAGAAGUGCGUAUGAUUGAGUCAUCACUGAUGGGUUAAAAGAUGCUGACCCUUAGCCUAACCUAGUGCGCCUAAGGUCUAAGCAAGUGGCAUUGACUUGCAUGAUUAUUUUUUUAAGUCUUACUUUUCUCCUUUGUUGCAGGUUUAUUCCUUUGAUUUUCGUCUAUUUUAUAGCUGGGAUGUUAUAUAAUAAAUAUCACAAGGGGACUAACACUUUCCCUGAAAUGAUUCCUAAUCAUUCUUUCUGGAGCGAUUUCCCAUUUUUGAUCAAGGUGAGAACGGCAAGGGACCCUUUCCAUAGAAAACGGUCGCAUGGUGUAAAAACAAUUCUUGCUGGACGGCAAACAACGCAGUGGAACCUUGAAAAGAAAGGAUGUUACCUUUUUGAAAGACGUAAUCUUUUUGUUUUUCUUGCCCCACUACGUCGUUUGCCACCCAGCAAGUGUUUUUGUCCCAUGUGACUAUUUUCUCUGCUUAGGGUCCAUUUUCACACACAGUUACAUUCAUUCUGCUCCUGCAGUCACAAUUUUGGUCACACACUGUAAGGCGUUGAAAAUUGCACGAUUGUUUAUCAUGUUUAUUUGGGAAGUGAAAUUUUCGCACUUCAUAGAAUUUACAUUCACGCAGUUUUCGACACACAGUUGCUGGUGUAACGUAGCUCUACGAGCAGCUUACAGCGACCAGAUUAACUACUUCGUACAAGAGAGGAGCCACCCAAUGGCCUCCACUGUAAUAUAAAGCAACGUCACUAGGCCUUCAAUAUUUGAAGCUUAAUGUCUUUGCUUCCCCACCUUACUGAGAAAUUGGAUUCUGAAUAUGACUUUUCUACCAGGUAGAAUUUUUGAAAGCAGUUCCCAAAAUAUCCUGCUUUGUCAGUGUCUUGUAGCUAAAUUAUUUGUCGUAGGCGUAGGCAAUUUGCGGGGCACUGUAAAUCACAUCAGCUAUUUGACUACCUUUUUAUUGACCUACGUGACGAUUAAAGUACAUAUAGAUAAGUAUGUGUAAUCAAAUGGUGACGAGUGAAGUUAGGGAAUAAUUUCCCGCGCGGUUUGUCCAAAGGCUAAAGGCUCGGGAAAUUAUUAGGAUUUGGACAAAACGCGCGUGAAAUUAUUCCCUAAUUUCACGAGUAUACCAUUUGAUUACCUAUUAAUAUCAUGGGUGACGAAUUGCGUUAGCAAUCUUGAAUUUUUGACAUGUUUAUCCUGGAUCGUAUCGAUCGAGAACUCCACUCUCUUAAAUGUUUAGACCUUAAAUUUGGCUUUUAGAGUUCAGAAUUUCUCAGACUUUUUCGGCAAAAUACCUGCUAGAAUCCUUCUUGAUGUUCUCUUGUGUGUACAGGUGUUCUAAAGCGUCUUUUUGUGCCCUGACAUCUUCAUUCACGGCAUUUUAAAACUUCGUCGCCAUCUUGACACUGAGACGUACAGAAGGGUUGCCAUGGCAAUUUUGUAAUUUCACAUGUGAAAUUACAAAUUAACGCUGAAAUUUCGCGCCAAAAUUAAGGAGUAAUUCGUCACCUAUGAUAUUAAGUACGUCAUUUUAAAGCUCGAAGCCUUCUAACAGGUUAUCCAGCUGGUACGUAUAGUGAAAAGGGGGUUACAUGGAAGCAAACUGCACACUAGCAGAGCAUUUUCCGCAGCAAACAACUUUUCUCUCAACUGCGCAUGAACGUUCCAUUAUCCUUUUGCAGUAAUCUGCAGGUGACGGAAUUAGCUUUAAGCUGAUCGAAACGUCUGAAAAAUUAAUAAUUUGAAUGAUAAAUAACAAUUAUUCACAACAACAACAACGCCCAACCGUUUUAUUUACCAAGUUAAAAAAAGUUUACAAACGAAAUGGUUGGUUUUUGUUGUUGUUGUUGUUGUUGUUUUUGUUGUUGUUGAAUAAUUGAUGAUUAUCAUUCAACUUAGUAGUUUUUCAGAAGUUUUGAUUGACUUAGAGAUAAUUAUUUACUGAAGUGGAGGUGGUUAGUGGUGGGUAUUUCCCGAGUGGUAAAUAUCCACCACUAAAGACUAAAAAGUCAUCCGUCUGUUCGCUCCAUCCUCCAACGGGCGGCAAGGUGAUAGACACGCCUAAUUUCCCAGCGUUAUAAUGUCGUCCCGUUCUUCCCGUGACGUCUCAGACUUAUUUAUGCAAUUAUUACGGUAAUUCGGGAAGCCAUUUCGCUCUUACCUUACCGGCGAGUUUGGCGUCGCUAGGAGGUGAAUAGCACUGGAUAUCCCGAGUUUGAGUAGCCAAUCAGUGCACGCCAAAAACUUUUUAGAAAAUGACUAAGAUAGUACGCGCGCUGUGAUUGGCUGAGAGGUGUGCCUGCAUGAGAUUAUGAAAACAUGAUUGUAACAUAGAACGUCGAAAUGUUUUGCUUUGGGCUCGUUGAUCACGCAAGCACGCAUUUCAAAAACGUUUUGAGUUGAAAACUGGACGAGUUUACUUUUAAUUAUUUACAAUUGAAAAAAACGUUUCUUCGCCUCAAUUGAAUUCAAAAAAGAACGGUCCAGUUUUGUUAUUUAAGACUUAUAUUUAGGCAUUGUUAAAAGCCGUUUCAUGUCGUCUGUUGCUUAGUAUACGUACGGAUGACAAGGAUGGACAUGGAUUGAAACUUGAAAAAAAAUGACCAACUCUUUCAAAAACCGAAAAAAAAAAAUGUGUUAGUGCUUUACGACGAAAUUUGUUUGUUAUGUUCUUCACAACUCUACAGGAGCAUUUUGUGUAUGGUCAAAGGUACUAAGUAAUGACGUCAGCACAGAAUUGACGUAAAACAGCAAUAUUCUCGCGACAUGGCACCUUUAAGUAGAAGGUAAACAUUUCCAUCAUUUAUCUUUCAGGAUGGAUGCGUCUUCACGUUUGAGGGUAUUACUGGAUGCUGCGUUAGUUUGUGUAUGAGACUUAAAGGAGACUCCUAUGCCAAAAUAUAAUCACUUUGCACGGAGCAAAUACGAUGUUAGGACAAAAAAGUUGGACCAAUUUGAUAAAAAAAUUACUGUAGUGGGUGUAUAAAUGCUUUUCGUGCUUCAGCGUGCGUGGCUAUCAUUGUGAUAUCCCCGAUGAAAAGAGCAAAAUUUUGAUUGGGUGGCACCCAAGCUUCAUAUAAGUCGACGAACGUAAGAGGGAUUUAGUCAAAUUACAAAUCAGUACGGUUAAGGUAGGAAACAAAAUGCGACAGUGUUAACUCAUACCAAGGACAUGUCAUAAUUCAUAAAGAACUCUUCAGCGGCUAAUACUUAAUAUCUCGGUAUGAAAAAUGCAACCGCAAUUCGUUAGAAUUUACUACCCCUUCCCACCUCCUUCUGUUUUGUGCCUUUGCCGAUGAUACCCAAAGAAACCUUUGCCUUUAUUAACUGGGCUUGCCGAAUGCUGGCCCAGUUCAUAAAAUAUCUUCGAUGUUUUCUCCGGGGGGUUAUUUCUACCAAUUCGUAGUUGGGGUGUGCCGUCCUGAUUCUUUAAAACGUGACCGUAGACCCUAUUUCAGACCAAUAACUAUUAGGUAAAUGUAAGGAAGUACUCCUCCGGGAUUGUGGGGUGUGUUGCUUAUUUCAGAUCAAUACCUACGAGGCAAAUGUAAAGGAGUACUCCCCGGGGAUUUUCGUUGUUAUGGUGGUAAACACUAUAAAUAAGCACAUUAUAAACGAAGGCAGCCAUUAAAUGAAAAUGUGUUUGAAGCUAGCGCACUGUGCCUUUUCAUCGUCUCCUUCAAAAGAUGUUACGAUGAGUACCUUUUGCGG